GGGAGGAGUCGCCAGGCCGGAGAACUUUGCGCUGAGCACAUCUGGGUAAGCGGGGGUGGCGGUCAGCGGGUCGCCGCCGCUCUGCCGGGCCGCUCCGGUGGGGGGCCGCCGCCCCCGCCCGUGUUUGUGCUUCCUUAUGCAGCAAAGAGCGCUGCUCCAAAAAAGGGGGUUCUCCUGCGGCAGAGGUCCCUGCAGCAGCCCCAGAGUAAGGGGGACUUCUUCGUGUGAGAGUUUGCCUCAAGGAAAACAACGGAAGGACCUCGCUGCUGCCCGGGAGAGCUCGCUGUCCGGCCGCCGGCGCUGCGGGAAGGCGGUACACCGGGAGGCGCCUGUGACCUGCGCUCACGUCUCCCAGGCGCCCCGUUAGGCCGCAUGAGGAGGUGGGAGGCUUCAGAACACGGCUCGCGCUCGCUCUCCUGCUGUCUCCUGCCGACUUCCUUUCGGUGCAUCUAAGCCAAUUUCACUAUUUUCAAGCAUUCUUGUGUCCUGUUCCGCUCUGUGCCCCCUCAGAAACCUGAAUGUAGGUGCCUGAAAGGGCACGAGCUUGAUACUUGUGCAGUGAUACCUGUUCUGCACAGCCCCAGAGAGGAGCUACCCACUCUGUGCCCUGUGACAAGUGAUUUAACUGCUCUGCUUUUUCCCCCAAAUUUUGGCGGAUUGAGGCAGAGUAUCUUAUUCUAAAUUGCUGUUUGUCAACUUAAUCAGGUAUAUCCUCCUUGUUACAACUCCCCCGUCCUUUUUCAAGAGAGAUGUGCUGUAUUAGGAGAAAAUGUCCUAUUUCGAGUGUUAACGGCCAUUAAAGUGGAUGUUUUACUUGUGUAGCACACACCCCCCUGCACCCCGCUUCUCCUUCACAAGUUGAUCUUGGCUGCUGACAAAAAACAGCCCCUGUGCGCCUGAAUGCCUUACUGAGAGUAAAGGACUCUACAGCAAUUCUGGAAUGGAGGCGUUUCCUUCAAGAUACGGCUUUUAAAUGGGGGAAAAAAGCCCAUCUCCUGACAGGCUUAAUUUACCAGCCUGUUGCCAAAAUCCAGGGGCUAAUACAGCCAGCCCUACGCAGUUUUCUACUGCUGAAAUCCGUGCCGCGGGCAGCGGUCCCUGCCGGUGCGGCCGGCCAGCCUCGAUGCUCGGCGGCUGGGGGAGCUUGGCUCGUGAUCCAUCUUCUGACCCUGGCCUCUGGCAGACCCGCAGUACUGCUUUAAUAUUCCUAAACCCUACCUGAGUGAUUUACUCUCCGGCUUUGAAAGCCCCCUUCUCCCGGCCCUGAAAUACCCUGGAACCUGUUGAGGCGGAUUUUUCUAGCCCAGGCUCUCGGCAAUGGGGAUCCACCGAGAGGGCCCGGCCGCCCCGCCCCGCCCCGCAGGCCGGAGCCCGGCCCCAGGGGGGCGGAGCCGCCUCGCCUGCCCGCGGCGAGGGUCCCCCGGGCAGCGAGGCCGCGGCACCUGCGUUCCGCCCCGGCGCCGGGAGGGGCGGCUUCCGGGCGCGGCGGGAAGCGGCGGCGGCGCGGUCGCCGUCCCGGUCUCGGCGGAGCGCUCUCCUGGUCGGCCGGCGCCAUGGCUCGCAAGAAGCUACACCGGCCUAUCGCCGCCAUGGCCAAGAAAAUCCGCGAGUACCGGGCGCUGAAGAACCGGCCGCGGGAGUCGCAGCGCUUCUCCCUGGACUACGAGACGAUGCGGCGGCCCCUGACGCAGAAGCGGCUGCCGGUGCGGGCCUGGGAGGACGCGCGGAACGAGAACCGGCUCUUCGCCCUGCUCUGCCGCCUGCCGCGCUUCGGCCUGGGCCGCACCGUCACCCGCAAGUCCUGGCUGUGGGCGCACGACGAGCCCUGCUACUGGGUGGUCACCAAGGCGAAGGCGGACUACACGGCCGAGAACAUGGAUCAUGGAAGAGCCUGGGGCUACCUGACCUUCAGAGGCAAAACUGAAGAAAAAGUGAGAGAGAUCGACAAAGUCAUGUACCAUGACUGGCGUUUGGUGCCAAAGCACGAGGAGGAAGCCUUCAAGAAAUUCACCCCAGUGCCAGAGGAGACCAUUCGGUACCUUCCAUACCCACCUCUGCUCCGAGCCAUGAUCCUUGCGCAGUGGCAGAAAGAGGGAAAACCGAUCACAGAGGAGCCAAUGAUCGAUCUGAAGAAGGGCACGGCCUCUCCCCCUCAGGGUGCAAAGAAAAAAGUUACAGGGACACCAGUAUAACAACUUGUUCUAUGUCCUGAGCUUCCCACGUGCUCUCACUGUGUGUUAGAAGCAUGUCAUCUUACAGAAGACCCCCUUGUCCAAUGUGACAUGGUGUAUCCAGGUUUCUUAGCUUUCUCCCCAGCCCUGUACAUCACCUCAUCUGAAAGGAACGAUGUAGACACAUUCAGCGUUUUUUUCAUAACUUUGGUCUCAGUCAGCAGAGGCACUGUCUUGGUUCCCUGUAGAGCCUCUAAAAGCAUAGCUCCUGUCAUCCAGCUACAAUUCUUUGAAGCACAGUUUCCUCUACAGCCUGCAAAUUAGUUUUUGAAGAACAUUUUUCAGGUAAUUUGAGUCCCACAUAAAUCACAAAAAUGACUGAGACUAUCCUAUUAUUUCACAGAGCUGUGUACAAAUGUAUCUACUAAUGAAAAUAAAUGUUUUCUUAUUUCUGCA